AUGGAACAUAAAGAAUCAAUUUUGAAUUCCAUAAGCAAAGCAGGCGGGCGAGAAACAAUGAGUCGGAGUUUGGGCAUACCGGUGAAGCUACUACACGAGGGGUCGGGUCACAUCAUAACGGUGGAACUCAAGAGUGGAGAGCUUUACAGAGGAAGCAUGGCCGAGUGCAAGGAUAAUUGGAAUUGCCAGCUUAAGAACAUCACCUUCACUGCUAAAGAGAGAAAGGUUUCGCAGCUUGAGCAUGUUUUCAUCCGAGGCAGUAAAGUUGGGUUCAUGGUCAUACCGGAUAGGUUAAAGAAUGCUCCUAUGUUAAAACGCCUUGAUGCUAAAAUCAAAGGGUAA